GUUACUACUAGUAGUAGUUAUUCCCAUCCAUUCUUUUUUAUACCAACAUCUUUUCCAGCACUGUUCUAGUAGUUCUACUAAUACCCGGGUACAUACCAACAUACAUACCAUGUCCAACCCAACCCAGCUACGGUCUCUCUACAGAUCAUUUCUUCGAGAGCUCCCGCCUAGGCCCAUCUCAUCUUCAUCACCCCAAGGACGAUCAUCUUUAUACCAACAAUUACGACAGAGCUUCUCAGCAGAAGCACCACAAAAGCACUCAAUUGCCCAAGCCGACCAACUCCUUCGAUAUCUAAGGGCACAGAGACAGUAUGCGACUCUGUUAGAAAGAUAUAACCCUGGUAUGGGAAUGGACGAGGAGGAACGGGUCAGGCUAUCCGCCCGUCGGAUUGGCAUGAAUAUGCCACUAGAGUACCAGAAAGAUGGCGAAACGAAAUAAAAAGUAUACUAUAUACUACCUAGGCUAAGUCAGUGCCUACCGACGCAUCGGAUACCAACAUGCCGAAUUCUGAGGAAAGCGUUGCUAUGAUGACUUCACAGUUUUCUAUCGCAAGAAAUUUUCCGCCAUCGUUUCCGGUAUACUAUCUAUCAUACGACGUCCAAUUCUCGUGCUUUACUGGGUAUGAACCCAGGUAUUCAGGUUUGAUGGCAAUACACAUCAAGCUGGUUCCAUCUCGGGAUAGACUAUGGCUCUGUGUAGUAUCAAGCCAACUCUACGUUGGCCACAGUCAAUGAACUCGACAUCCAAUCGUAUCGAAUUUAUACAAUACUAUUCUUCUUACCCUUGACCUCGUUUUAAUCCUC